AUGUAUUGUUUGUUUUUUUUUUUGGAAUUUAAUUUUAUUCUUAAACAUUCUCUUUAUAGUAUUUUUGCCGCAAAUCGAGAUGAAUUCCUUAAUCGGCCAACUUCACUUGCUUCAUGGUGGAACCCAAAUAUCUUAAGCGGGUUGGAUUUGUUUAGACCUGUUCAUGGAACAUGGCUUGGUAUAAACAGAGCAGGAAGAUUUGCAGCGGUCACCAAUUACCAUGAACCUCAAAAUAUUGACUCAGAACUUUUAUUAUCUCGUGGAGCCAUAAUAAAAACAAUUUUGGAAUCUAAUUAUCCAUUAGAACAAUGCCUAAAUACUAUUAAAAGUGAAUCUCAUAUGUAUGGUGGAUUUAAUUUAAUAAGUGUGGACUUAAGUGAUGAGCAUUCAAAAAUGGAAUAUUUGUCCAAUAGAGGAUUUAGCAAGAUUGAACAUUUAGAAUCCGGAGAAAUUUACGGAUUAUCUAACUCCUUACUAGAUGAACCUUGGCCAAAAGUAAAGUUUGGUAUUAAUGAAAUGAAAACAAUUUGUGAGCAAGAACAGUCUGAAGAACAAUUAAUUAAGAGUACCACGCAUUCUGGCGAAAAUUCAAAUUUCAAGAUGACUAUUAGAAUACCGAAAUUUGAUAAGCAUGGAGCUUAUGGCACUCGAACAAGCACUGUUAUUCUUGUGGAUCGUGAUGAUAAUGUAGUGUUUGUUGAAAAAACUUGGUUUGAUGAAGAUGAAAAUAUUAUUGAAGAUGAAUGCUAUCGGUGGUUUAGGUUCCAAAUUG